AUGGAUAAGACAAAUAGCAUGGCAAACUACCCUAACAAAAUAACUGACCUAACAAACUUGAGACGCGAUCUUGCUAAAUGGUAUGCUAUAAAAGAAAGGAAAGAUAAGAGUAAAGACCAGAAUAUUGUUUUAGGGGACAAAAACACUAGAUUUUUCCACAAUAGAGCUAAACAGAGAUUUAGGAGAAACAGAAUCGAAACUCUUAAAGAUGAAAAUAAUGUUUGGUUAAACAAAAAGGAGGAAAUUUCAGAUUGUAUAACAAGUCACUUUCAGAAAAUUGCUACUACGUUGGACGUGAAUUAUAUUGGAAGUGAAGGAUCCACACAAAAAGUAGAAGGUCUAGAAAGGAUGGGGCAACGAUCAGGCCAAAGGUUAGCACUAAAGGUGAAAGAAGGUCUACGUAAAAGCUUGACUACUUUCCUAGGCGUGUUGGUUGAGAUCAAACCAGGAAAGGUAGUAGAAGUUGAAGAUGGGAUAGCUGAGUUCUUAGAAGAGUUUGCAGACACAAUGCCUGCAGAACUGCCUAAGUCGCAACCGCCACGACGUAGGAUCGAUCAUAUGAUUGAGUUGGUGUCAUGGACAAGGUCGCAUGUACAAGCACAAUAUCGUAUGUCACCAUUCGAACUCGAGGAAAUGCGCAAGCAUAUUUGUGAACUGCUGGAACCAGGCUAUAUACAACCAUCUAAAGCUCAAUUUGGUGCUCCGGUUUUGUUCCAAAAGAAGCAAGAUGGCGCGCUUCGUAUGUGUGUAGACUAUAUGGAUUUGAAUAAGCUAACUGUGAAGAACAAGUACCCAAUCCAGCUGGUGGUCGACUUGUUUGAUAGAUUAGCUAAGGCCAAGUCCUUCACCAAGUUGGAUUUGCGCUCAGGUCAUUAUAAGGAUAUUUAA